AUGGGUGCCGAUCCUCCAGCCCCGUCUAAGCACGGCAUCCAUGGCCUCGAGUAUCUCGUCAGGGUCCCAGAUAAGCGUGCCGCAGAAGUCAGUGGACCCGCAGCAGCCCUCAUCCGGCCGACCCUCGUAUGGUUCCUUUGUGGCACCUGCCUCGAUGCCGCCGUCCAUGGAGAAUUUGACUCCCCAAAUGGACAGCCAGUCGUCGUGCUCCAGGUGGUGAUGCUGUUCCGUCUGGUCGAGGAGGCUCGUAUGGCGGCUAUAAAUAGUACAUCGCGGCAAUCCAUAGCGCCGAUGCCCCGACGCAGAGCACUACACACCGAAGCGAGGGGCCCCGAAGGGCCGAAGCAGCGGUCCAGAUAA